CUUUGACUACGCAAGACUCGCCAGGUUGGGCGGACGCCAGACCCCAGCUGGUGCUCGGCUCGCAGUACAACGUUCGCUGGCACGGCCUCGGGUUGGUCGCUCUCUCUGGGCCGCGCGGCAACGUUUGUUUACCUCUCGCUCCCUCCGACGUCUGGAGACUCGGCUGCACACGCGAGGACUUCCUUGUGAGAAACGUUGACGGUUUGUCAGGCACUCACGGAUGUUUGUGUAAACUGUUUGUUAUUUAUACUGAGCACAGUGUUUGUGGAUUGUCUUGUAUUUAUCGAAUGAAAGCGAGAGUAUAUUCGGUGUAUGUGAAGAAUUAUUAUUCAUCUCAUCGUUGUUGACUGUCUUGAGGAGAAUCAGAUCGAAAAGUGAAAUAUUUGUUGGAACGACAAGAAUAACGGUGGAAUUAGACGACAGUGAACCACGGGACUUAUUAGCCUGCAUCUAACGACUUAAUUGAGACAGUCUUCUUCUUGCCAGGGCCUGGUCAGGGGGCACACCCAUAAAUCCAGUCCCUCUUGGACAAUCGCACACUUGUCUGGAGGAAAGACGCUUCCUUUUGUCGAGAUAGCACGCGUUUACACCCUUGUACGCGGUUGUCACUUCAAUUUGCAUAAGGUUUUUAAGUUUGUCCCUCUACUCCGCGAAGUCCGCAGUUCCUGAUUCUUCGUGACGUCCCUUUGGCACUUGCAAGAUGGUGCUCCAAAAUCUCAAGUUGUAUCGCCUGCAGAGGCUCAACACGUUCCAGCGUCUUAACUCCAUCACUAUCCAGGACCCCAUCCCGGAGCAUAAAGAAAGAUGUGAAAGCGACAGCGGGUACUCCGGUGGAGCGUCGGGCACCAGUAGCGCCAGCAGCAGCGUGAGCAGCAGUCGCUCGAGCAGCCGCAAAAGUUCGGCCUCCAGCUUCUGCUCCUCAAGGAAGAGCUCGACGUCAAGCAUCUGCUCCUCCAGGAAGAGCUCAGCCUCGAGCGUUGGGGGCCCGCCCUCUCCCGACGCCAUCGCCGCCGCCAUGAGCGUGCCCGACGUGGCUCUCAACAAUAACAACAACAACAACACGACCAUCCCCGAGGGGACCAAGCCUGACCCUUCGGACGACGACCUCAAGCUGCUCGCCGCGCUGGAGGAAGCCAACAGGUCAGUCCUCGAGGCGCUUGUGAAGGGGGAACACGGCGGGUGGAGCCAGGGGGGCGUGCCGCAUGGGGAGAGGGAGGGGGGAACUCCCCCUGCCUUAAAUGUUCCCCAUACACCUGCCUGA